UAAAUGAAUGAAAAUAAACAAAUAAAUGAACGAAUGAAAAUAGAUAAAUAAAUAAAUAAAAUAAUAAAUGAAUAAAUUAAUAAACAGAUGCAAAGAAAUAGAGAGCGAAAGAAAAAUCCCGGAGGCCCCACUUUGCACGAAUGACCCAGAGCGAUUUCUUCCCCAGUCGUUCCCUCUCGCCUCGUCGUGGUGACCCGCGAGAACCGACAGGUCACGGCGGGGUUCCUCGGGCCGCUGACGGAGGGGGAGUCGCUGACGUUGUACUGCGUGGUCACUGGAGGCCGGCCGACCCCGCGCGUGACCUGGUGGCGUGGGCCGCACCUGCUGCCCAGCACGAGCGUCACCAUAGGCUCGGGCACCACGCCCCUCGCCAGCCACGAGGUGGACGACCCCCUCAUGACCCUGGGCAUGGACAUGGGCAUGGGCCUGGGCAUCGGGCUGAGCGACCGGCGAGUGCGAGCGGAGGUCAGGAUCCCGUCGCUGACCCGAGACUUCGCGAGGGCCAACCUGACCUGCCGCGCGCACAACAACAACAUCACGGAGCCGCUGUCGACGACCAUCACGCUCGACCUGUACCUCCGCCCUGCCACAGUGCAGAUCAAGGCCCCGAAGGCGCCGUUGCAAGAGGGCAAGGCGACGCAGAUCAAGUGCGUGUCUUCGGGCUCCUACCCCUCGGCCGUCGUGUCCUGGGAGAUCACGCAGGCCGGAGACUCCAGGCUGCUGCCGGCUAAGGCCCACACCAUCGGCGACGCCACCACGUCCAUCCUGGAGUUCGUUCCGGAGGCGCGCGACCACGGCGCCACCCUCGCCUGCCGCGCCCACAACCCCAACAUCUCCGGGAAGGGCAUCCGCAUGUACGCAGUCCUGCAAGUACAUUUCUCCCCCAGGGUAAAGCUCCGCCUCGGGGCUAAUCUGCAGGGGAAAUCAAUCACAGAAGGAGAGGACCUGUACUUCGAGUGUGAGGUGGCCUGCAACCCGCCCAUGGAGGAGAUCGUGUGGUAUAAGGAUGGCGAGAGGGUCCACCCCAAUCCCAAGGGCGGCGUCCUCAUCUCCUCGAAGAACCUGGUCCUCCAGAUGGUGCGGCGGACUUCGGCGGGAAACUACACCUGUGCCGCCGAGAACUCCCUCGGCGCCACCACCAGUAACGUGGUGCUGCUCUCCAUACGAUUGGCCUUCAACCUCCUCAGCAACAUUCCUAAUGAACUGUUUCUUGUCCCUUCUCAGGAGAAUCAUUCAUUGAGUGCUGACAAGAAUGUGGUAAAUCUCCCACAUCCUGUGCCCCAACAUUUGCUCUCCCAACGAGACCCACAGCCCACCUCACUUGCUGGGAGUUGGUACGGAGCCAGAGGUGUGUCCACACGCCGUUGGGUCAUGGCUCUUUACCUCUGGGGCCCCCUGUUGCUCCGAGACCCCCCACAUUUUAGCCUGGGACCACAAGAUCUCCCCGUGUGUGUGGGCGGCCCUCAGGCGGUCGCCGUGGCGGAGGGAGAAGACGUCCGCUUGACCUGUGAAGUGGACGCCCAGCCCGAGGACAACCUUCACUUCACGUGGUACUUCAACAACACUCUGGACACUGUCGAGGUCGAGCGCCAUCGAAUCGAGGUCCGGCCGGGGCACAGCUUCUUAGAUUAUACGCCGAGGUCGUCUAGGGAUUACGGCACGCUGUCCUGCUGGGCGACCAACGAGGUGGGGACGCAGGCCGACCCUUGCAGGUUCACGGUGGUCGAGGCAGGGCCCCCCGAGCGCGUGGGGAACUGCAUGCUGGUCAACCUGACGGUGAGCACCCUGGAGGUGGAGUGCACGCCGGGCAGCGAUGGGGGCCUCCAGCAGAAGUUCGUGGCCCGCGUAUACGCCGCGCCCACGCACACCCUCGUGGCAACCCUGGAGGAGGACACGCCCAGGUUCUGCGUCGGCGGCCUCACGCCCGGCCAGGAUUAUCUUAUCACAAUCACCGCAGUCAACGCUAAAGGGUCAAGCGACCCGGAGGAGAUCGAUGCGGUCAGGCUCAAGAGUUAA